AUGGCGACAAAUCUGACUGCUUUUUGUGUUUCUCGAGGUGUUAGCGAGCUCGAUAUCUUCAUCUAUUCCGGGAUCAUCCCCAAGUACUGCACUUUGGUAGCCAAGAGUGAUCUGAAGGCGGUGCCGAUUAUCGGAUGGUUUUUGUCUGCAACAGAGACUCUGUUCGUCGAUUUCAAGAACAGCAAGUUGACUAUCGAUGCAUUCAAGAAAGUGGCCAUCGAGCUCAGGCGACGUAGACAUGGCGUGUUCAUCUUCCCGGAAGGCGAGCGCUCCUUCUUCCUCAAGCCGAACCUUUUACCUUUCAAAAAGGGCGCAUUCCACCUUGCCGUACAAGCUCAAGUGCCUAUUGUUCCGAUUGUAGUCAACAACUACGCGGAUAUUGCAGAGAAGCGAAGCAAGACUCUCCGUCCCGGGAAGAUUCUGGUGAAAGUCAUGGAACCGAUUGAUACCAGGGAUUAUACAGCCGCAGAUGUCGAAGGACUUACAACACGGACGAGAGAGAAGAUGCUCCAGGAAGUGUUGUCCCUUACUGCACAGGGUAACCCAAUCCCCUGUCCCAAGCUGGCUAAAGGAGCGUUCCGUGUGCUGACUGGAGCCUAG